AUGGAUCUGCCAACAACAACAUCCGAGUUCAUCUGCGAUGCAUGCAAGAACAUCGAUUUCAGCAAAGUAUUAGAGUCAACGAGCGCUACUCUCAGCACUGAAAGUCUUGUGCUCGAUAUCGAUGGAUCACGCUUCAUAUCGCCCCUACAAACAAAUUGUGCUGUUUGUAGGAUCUUGUCGACAUGCUGUGGCCAACAAUCCGAGCUAUCAGGCGGCUUUGAAUUGCGUGCUGUGUCGUUUUUGCAAAAUUGUCUAUGGGCCGAUGAGAGGUUCAAAGGAGCGCAGGAGAGUGCAAUGCUUGCGGUAACGCCCAAAGCUGCCAGCAAUGACGAGAAGAAUAUUCCCGCAGUGUCCCGUUUCAAUGAGGCAGGAUAUGUGGUUAUCUAUCCAAAUGGAACUGCGCCGGGUCUUUUCAGACCGCGUGUCGUCUCAGAAUCGUUCGAUAGCGAGAGAACGCGCAAGUGGCUGCAAAAUUGUAGAGACUGCCAUGGGAGCGAGUGCCGUGGGUCAUCUCAGACGGUCGCGGGCAUGAAUUUGAUUGACUGUGAAACGAUGGAGAUUAUACCAGCCACCGCUUCCAUGCCUUGGGUCACGUUGAGCUACGUUUGGGGAGCGCGGAAAGAAGAUGUGUUCAACGAUCAUCCAUCACUCCCUCCACUCCAGCUUCCAUCGCCUAUCCCGCGGUUGAUCAGUGAUAGUAUCACAGUUGUCCAAAGCCUUGGCCAUCGAUACUUGUGGGUCGAUAUGUACUGUAUCGACCAACAAAAUAAACAUGAGAAGAUGCAUUCCAUCAACAACAUGGACUUGAUCUACGGAGGAGCCGAGGUUAAUAUCAUCGCCGCAUCCGGGACGGGUGAGGGUCAGGGUCUACCCGGGAUUGGAGCAACGAAGAGAUCUCAACAACAAGUUGUUGAGCUUCCAGGCUUCACAAUUCUCAGCACCGGUCCGGAUCCCACAGCAAGCAUUGCAAAGUCGAAAUGGUGGACGAGAGGGUGGACCUUUCAAGAGGCGUUUUUAUCACCGAGGAAACUGGUGUUCACCGAGCAUCAGACCUACUUUGAAUGCAGAGAAGUCAGUUGGAAUGAAUCCAUUGGUGGGUUGGAGUUCAUCGAGGACCCCGAGAAGGUCGACUUUGGCCGUUUCUGGAGUGCAAGCGGCUUUCUCAUGAACCUAUACUCGGGCCGGACAAUAUCUGAGAAGUAUUGGGACGGUGGGUAUCUAAAAGAGUUACUCCGCGCGCGAGUUGACGUUUGA